AUGAGACGAAGCACCUUCUGCCCCCACAAGCCCGUGUUAACUGAAGAUAACCUCCCCGACCAACGUGGCAAGGUCUUUAUGGUCACUGGAGGUUCGGGUGGACUUGGAAAAGAGCUCAUAAGUAUCCUGUAUCAACACAAUGCUAAGAUCUAUGUUGCCGCUAGAUCGGAGUCAAAGACCAGGGAUGUUAUAAGUGAGAUUCAGCGCGCUCAUCCAUUGUCCACCGGAGAGCUUGUGUUCCUCCGACUCCAGCUCGAUGAUCUCAGGACAAUCAAGCAAUCGGCAGAAGAAUUCCUGGCGAAGGAAAAUCGUCUUCAUGUGCUUUGGAACAACGCCGGCGUAAUGGUUCCGCCGCAAGGGUCCAAGACUGUUCAAGGAUAUGAGCUCCAGAUUGGUAUCAAUAAUCUUGGACAUUUUCUGUUCACGCGUUUUCUCCGGCCCGUACUGGCUGAAACAGCCAGGACUGCGCCCAAAAAUUCAGUGCGUGUAGUUUGGGUAUCAUCAAGUGCGGCUGACAGUGCUCCCCAUCCCGCUAUUGACUUCGCGAAUAUGGACUACCAUGUUGAGGAGGGGAUAUGGUCCAAAUACUCGCGCAGCAAGGCUGGGAACGUGUUGCACUCCGCAGAGUUUGCUAGAAGAACCGUUGGUGAGGGUAUUAUUAGCGUCGCGCUUAACCCAGGAAAUUUUGUCACCAACUUGCAGCAAAACAUGCCGAGGAUGCAGCUAGCAAUUUUUAGAAUGAUAUCGCAUGAGCCUAUCAAUGGGGCAUACACAGAGCUCUUUGCAGGUCUACAUCCCUCUAUUACAGAGAAGAACAAUGGAGGUUGGAUUUCUCCGUUUGGUAAGAUUGAGCCAGCUCGCAAUGAUCUCGUGGAUCCGGAGCUUGGAAGGAAGUAUUGGGAAUGGUCAGAGGCUCAGGUGAAGCAGUAUAUGUAG